CACCUCUCAGAACCACGCAUAAACCCCCCUAUUCCAAUCCAUCAAUACACAGCAACCACAACCCUCUAGGCAUCCCAAUCUUGCCCGUCAUCUCUAUCGAUGUCGCUCUUUCUACUGAUGCGCUCGUAACGACCCUUUGCCGCCCGGACUCGGUCCCCGACGAGCGCAUUUCUAUGCGCAUGGCGACACCGCGUCCGCUUGUCGCUAUCAUCAAUCCGGGCACAAAAUGUCCCUCCCCAACGGCCAACACGCAUGGCAGCCGCCCUCCAUUCAUCAUCAACCUUCCAGCCGCCUGUUCCAUCAACUUGAUGAUGGUCCUGCGCGGAACGGAACCCCCGUCGACCACUCCAUGACGUUGAUGCCUGAGGCACAACCUGAUAUUGAGGAAGAGCGACGACGCGCCUUGUUCAAGGACCUCUAUCACAAGAGCGAGGCAAAGAUCUCGUUGCUGUUCGCCGAUGACGGUUCCUACAACUACCCGGCCAUCGAUGCACUGCGCCGCCCCUCCGCCCCCUCCCCCUCCAUCCUACCCCCUACCACCGACCAUGCGCCGAUCCAGGAGCCUCCAUUAAAGAAGGCUAAGCGGGUCAUCGACGAAGACGACUAUGGCGAUGAUGACGACGAAGACGAUGACGAUGAAGAAAAUGCCACGCCGAACGACUCAAACAAGCCUGCGAGCGGCACCGCCGCCGCUGGCGCCGGCUCACUGCUCUCCCCCUCCAAGUCCGGCAGUUCGCCCGUGCACUCCGUCAGCUCGCCCGGCAAGCAUCUCGAGAGACUCAAAUACGCCGACGGGUCCCAGGACCAUACAAAGACGAGCGAGGAUGCGCGCAAGCAGCUGGAGGAGGCGCGCCUCGCGACCGAGGAGGCGGCGAGGCGGAGCUUCCACACUAUAUUCUACACCCUCGAGAACGAUCGGACUGCCAUGCUCGAGCAGCAGCAGCUGGAAGAGUCGGAGAAACAGUUGCAGGCUGAGAUGGAAAACAACAAUAACCACAUAGCCGCCCACGGCGCCCAGGCCGAGAACCACGGCUCACUCAGCAGCGCCAAUCUUGGCGCGUCGAGCCUCACCCUCAAGCACCUAAUUGCGAGGAUCGACAUGAAACGCGACCAGGUUCGCGCUUCCGACGCCGAGCUGCGAUCCCUUAUGAACGAAGUGCGCAAAAACCGAAGCAAAUGGGCCAGCGAAGAGAACGUCAACCAGGAAGAGCUAUACGAGGCCCUUGAGAAGGUCCUGACGGAGCUGAAGGCACACACGGAAUACUCUACACCCUUCUUGCAGAGGGUCAACAAGCGCGAUGCGCCCGACUACUACAAUCUCAUCAAGCAGCCUAUGGACAUGGGCACCAUGACGAAGAAGCUCAAGUCCCUUACCUACAAGUCCAAGGCGGAGUUCGUCACCGACUUGAACUUGAUAUGGGACAACUGUCUGCGAUACAACCAAGACAUGGGCCACCCUCUCCGUCGCAUGGCCAACGGCAUGAGAAAAGAGGCCGAGAAGCUCAUCCCCCUCAUCCCGGACCUCGUCAUCCGCCCGCGGGCCGAAGUCGAGGCCGAAGAACGGCGCAAACAGAAUGGUGGCGAAGAGGAUGGCGGCGACGACUCGGAUGACGAGCCCAUAAUGUCAUCCCGCGGCCGGACCGCCGGCACCAAGGGCGCCAAGUCGCGGAAACAACCUGCGGAUCAGAAGGAAGGCACGCCCAGCGUCGAUCAGAAGCCGGUCCUGCAGCUCAAUGGUCUCUUGGCUAAAGGCCGGGAAGGCUCUGAGGCGGUCGAUGGGAGCGGAUUCGGGACCCCAAUCGCGGGCUCGGCCACCCCCGGUGGCAUCAACGGGCAUUCCGGCAUUGGGAGCAACGCGGACGCCAUGGACAUUGACGGGCCGACACUGAAUGGUAUGGCGCUCGGACAAGCCCUCAACGAGGCUGCGGAACAGGCCUAUGAGGACGAUGAGUACAAAAUCUGGAAGCAAGUCACCAAGAAGGACCGCGCACUCAUCGCUAAGGAACGCCAUAUGAUGUUCAAGGACAACAAGCUCAACUCCGAUGCGCCUGCCCUACUCAGGAACAAGGCCGGAAUUCGGUGGUAUCUGAGGGGCCAAAAGGAGGCCGAAGCCCUUGGCGUCAUCGGUCACUCCCAAGUCGACUCCUCUGCCGUGGCCGCGAAGGAGGCUGCCAAACCAGCCGAGACCCUUGCGGAAGGCAUGGAGGGAGAAGAGGAGAAGAGCGUGCCCGCAUACUAUGAACCUCUGACUAUGAUCCCCGAUAUCCAACCUAAGCUCCAGUGGAUCGAGGACGGCGAGGGUCAAGUCAUCAAUCAGCACGAGGAAUAUCUCCAAAUGAUCCCCGAGGGUCACUUUGUGGCGCCCAAGAGCAAGUUGACAAGCAAGAUAGACAACAACAUUCGGCAAAUCCAGGAGACCAGGAAACUAUCGAGCAAGAUCGGCGUCAUCAAACAGAUGCAGAUCCAGACUCAGGUUUACAACAACCAGUUUCCCAAGUCCAAUUACGAGGCGUUCAUCGAGCAAGACGCCGAGCCCUCUUUCAUUGCCGAUGCCGGGCCUGUCAUUGCACCGGAGACCUGCCGCCGCGCGUUGCAACGCUCCGUCGCUAAGAUCCUCUACCACACCGGUUUUGAGGAAAUGCAACCGUCGGCCAUUGACGCCUUGACUAGCAUCGCGUCCGACUACUUUGAGAAGGUCAUCAAAACCUUCAAUGUGUACCGCGAGGCAGAGAAGAUCGAGGCGGCUAACCCCCGGGUCGAAGACGGCGCCCGGUUCCAGCCGCGGUUCACCCCCGAGGAGGUCAUCUUGCACACGCUCGAUGAGAACGGAUGCGACUUACUCAGCCUGGAGUCAUACGCCAAGGACGAAGUUGACCGACUCAGCUCGAAGCUCGGGGGUAUCCACGAACGUAUGAAGUUCCACCUUACCGAGCUCCUCCGCCCUGCUCUUACGCAGGAAGCCGGUCAAGAUGGUGUCGGCGCCUUCAAGGACGGCAGCGAGCAGUUCGUCAGCGGCGACUUUGCCGAAGACCUCGGCGAAGACUUCUUCGGCUUCAAGGCUCUCGGUCUGGACAAGGAGAUGGGUCUUGACAUGCUCUCGGUCCCUCUUCACUUGCUCCAGUCUCGUGUUCGCAACCAGUUCCAGAUGCAGACCCAAACGGUGGGUACCGAAGUCACCGAUCUCUUCGACUCGCUGCCACCUGUCGAUCCCGUCACCACAGAAAACAUCCAUGACCAGAUCGGCCUGGUCAAGAACUUCUUCCUUGCCAAGCUCCACGCCAAUGACGACUCCCCGUUGGUUGAAGACGAAGAGCUUCCUGUCAAGCAACGACGACCCAGACCCCGCCUUGGUGCCUCUGGAAAGAUCGUCUCACCACAGAAGCGGCCGCCCAAGGAGCAAAUCGCUCUGGCCAAGAAGAAAAAGAAGAUGGAGCUGGCGGCGCAGGCCGGUGACAAGGGCGUCAACGCUUCUCCGGAGAAGAAGGGCGAUACCACCCCGGCCAAGAAGGCCAAGCACGCCAACAUCAACGGUGCGGGCCCCAACCCGGCAGCGAUCGCACUGCCUCCCAGCAUGGAGCGGCACGAAAGCAUGCAGAGCCAAGGCAACGCUAGCCAGACCGAUAAGGACGAGCCUAUGGGUAUGAUGAGCCCCGAGAGCAUCGAGAGAUGAUGAGCAUGGGAAUCCAUGACAUCUGCAACUCUUCUGUACAUACUCUUCUCGCACAUAUCAUCUGGAUGUCUUGCUGGCGAUGCUGCCUGCCUCUUGGCGGUUGCCUGUCACCACACGGAGCCGAAGUUGUCCAUCUGCACGAACUGCCACGUCGUUCGUCCUACACAAGCCUCAACCACAGCUUCUUCUAUCAUUCUCGCAGUUAUCCUUACUGCCUUCAUCACCCUGUAUUCCCCAACUAUUCCUAAACGUCGCCUGUUAUCAUACAACACAUCAAUAUACGUUUCGACCCUUUUUCCAUUUUCACAUAUCCCUCGGCGUUGAGGUUGGAUCAUCAUUUGGUCGCAAGGGAAAGACGUCAUGCUGCAGACCAAAUGAGUCACAGCACGGCCUUUACUAAGGACAUCAGGAUACCCAAAAGCCAACGACUGGCGGUUUUUCGGGGAGGGAAGGCUCAUCAGACGGAGAGCGUCUUGUUUUUUUCGUAGUUGUUUUUCUUGGUCAUUCCGAUGUUGGGGGGUUAGGAUUGGGCUGACUGAGGUGACCCUACGUGGGUGAAGUAUAGUCGUCUGGCCAUUGCAUCACACUUUUCGAGCUUUAGUCCGUCAGCAUACCUGCAAAGUGGACUAAGAUGGGAAGAGUGAAUUUUAGUUUUGAUCAGUCUGCCUUCUGCUUUUUGUUCUUUUUUUAUAGUGCGAGAAAUGCGAACCGCCCUCAGUAUGAAUAGGCGAAAGACUUCCAACAAGUUAGGGGAAGGGUGGCACCCUUGUUUCUUUUGUGUGGUUUGUUAUUACUCUUGCGGUAUUGGGCCAGGAAAGAAUUCCGGGACUCGAACAGAUGGGCAGAAUCCGGCGUUCGCCCCCCCCCCCCCCUCCCCUGGCACCGUGUCGGCAUCAUGGUGGUUUCGUUAGUUACGGUUCAUGACACGGGUGGGAGGGGUCUACAUGUAGGACAGGUCCUGGUGCUUUAGUGUUUUGUGUGUUGACGAGGCGAUGCGCAUGGGAGACUGGUAUCGAUAGACGGCGUGUUGUGAGGUUUUGGUUGCUUGGUGUGUCUAUGUGUUCGUAACGCCUUGAGACAGACGAAUCAAG